GGGCGCCGGUGACGCUGCGGGUGCCGCUGCCAGCUCCGGACGGAGUCGGCGGCCGGGCGGAGGACGGGCAGGCCGACCCUCGGACGCAGCCCCGGGCCGAGCCGCGGGCUUCCUGGCGAGGCAGGGCGGCCGCGAGCCCGGGCGGGAAGAUGUUCAACGUGGAGUCCCUGGAGCGGGUGGAGCUGUGCGAGAGCCUCCUCACUUGGAUACAGACAUUUAACGUGGAUGGACCAUGCCAGACCGUGGAAGAUUUAACGAAUGGGGUUGUGAUGGCCCAGGUUCUCCAAAAGAUAGAUCCUGCAUAUUUUGAUGAAAAUUGGCUAAACAGAAUUAAAACUGAAGUAGGAGAUAAUUGGAGGCUAAAGAUAAGCAAUUUAAAGAAAAUUUUGAAAGGAAUCCUGGAUUACAAUCAUGAGAUUUUAGGGCAGCAAAUUAAUGACUUUACUCUCCCUGAUGUGAACCUUAUUGGGGAGCAUUCUGAUGCCGCAGAGCUGGGAAGGAUGCUCCAACUCAUUUUAGGCUGUGCUGUGAACUGUGAACAGAAGCAAGAGUACAUCCAAGCCAUCAUGAUGAUGGAGGAAUCUGUGCAACACGUUGUCAUGACAGCCAUCCAGGAGCUGAUGAGUAAAGAGUCUCCUGUCUCUGCUGGGAAUGAUGCCUAUGUUGACCUUGAUCGCCAGCUGAAGAAAACUUCAGAGGAACUGAAUGAAGCUUUGUCGGCCAAGGAAGAAAUUGCUCAAAGGUGCCAUGAGUUGGAUCUGCAGGUUGCAGCAUUGCAAGAGGAGAAAAGUAGUCUGUUGGCAGAGAAUCAGGUAUUAAUGGAAAGGCUGAAUCAGUCUGAUUCUAUAGAAGAUCCUAACAGUCCAGCAGGAAGAAGGCAUCUGCAGCUCCAGACUCAGUUAGAACAGCUCCAAGAAGAAACAUUCCGACUUGAAGCAGCCAAAGAUGACUAUCGAAUACGCUGUGAAGAGUUACAAAAGGAGAUGUCUGAACUUCGGCAGCAGAACGAUGAACUGACCACUUUGGCAGAUGACGCUCAGUCUCUAAAAGAUGAAAUAGACGUUCUUAGACAUUCUUCUGAUAAAGUGUCUAAACUAGAAGGCCAAGUGGAAUCAUAUAAAAAGAAGCUAGAAGAUCUUGGUGAUUUGAGGCGUCAGGUUAAACUCUUAGAAGAGAAGAAUACUAUGUAUAUGCAGAACACAGUUAGCCUAGAGGAGGAGCUGAGAAAAGCCAACGCGGCUCGAAGUCAACUCGAGACGUAUAAGAGACAGGUAGUAGAACUGCAAAAUAGAUUAUCUGAAGAAUCGAAGAAAGCAGAUAAAUUAGAUUUUGAAUAUAAGCGGCUAAAAGAAAAGGUUGACAGUCUUCAAAAAGAAAAGGAUAGGUUAAGAACAGAAAGGGAUUCUCUGAAGGAAACCAUCGAAGAGCUUCGUUGUGUUCAGGCUCAAGAAGGGCAACUCACAACUCAAGGGUUAAUGCCUCUGGGAAGUCAGGAAUCUUCAGAUAGUCUGGCAGCAGAGAUCGUCACACCUGAAAUCAGGGAGAAACUUAUUCGUCUUCAGCAUGAGAAUAAGAUGUUAAAAAUUAACCAAGAGGGUUCAGACAAUGAAAAAAUCGCCUUAUUGCAGAGCCUUCUAGAUGAUGCCAGCCUGCGCAAGAAUGAACUGGAGACAGAGAACAGGCUGGUGAAUCAAAGACUUCUAGAAGUACAGUCACAAGUCGAAGAAUUGCAAAAAUCUUUACAGGAUCAAGGCUCAAAGGCAGAAGAUUCAGUUCUUCUAAAAAAGAAGCUUGAAGAACAUCUAGAGAAGCUGCAUGAGGCCAAUAAUGAGCUGCAGAAGAAGAGAGCCAUCAUCGAGGACCUUGAGCCGAGAUUCAACAACAGCUCCUUAAAAAUUGAAGAAUUACAAGAAGCUUUACGGAAGAAAGAAGAGGAAAUGAAGCAAAUGGAAGAAAGAUAUAAAAAAUACUUAGAGAAAGCCAAAAGUGUUAUCCGUACUUUAGAUCCUAAACAAAAUCAAGGAGCAGCACCAGAAAUACAAGCUCUUAAAAAUCAGCUCCACGAACGGGAUCGGCAAUUCUAUUCAUUGGAGAAAGAAUAUGAGAAAACAAAGAGUCAAAGAGAGAUGGAGGAGAAAUAUAUUGUUAGUGCCUGGUACAAUAUGGGAAUGACUCUGCAUAAAAAGGCAGCAGAAGACAGACUUGCUAGUACAGGUUCGGGGCAGUCAUUCCUGGCGAGGCAGAGACAAGCCACCAGCACGAGAAGGUCUUACCCGGGCCACGUCCAGCCAGCCACAGCAAGGUAGACAAGUCCUGCCAUUAGAAUAAAAAACACCCCGCAUUCAAAGCAUACUUCUGUUACAUAUAACAUUUCAGGAAAUUCAGCCAGCUUAUAUUUUGUCUGUAUUUCAUGUAUUUAGUUGUUUUCCAUUUGAGGACUUUCUCUCUUCUGUAUCUAUAAUGUUUUAGUUUCUUGGUCCUUUAUUUUGUAGUCCUUUUGGUUCCUUUUAAUGUGCCAAAAAAUUUUUAAAUGCCCAAUUAAAAGUGUUGUAUAUUAGUGUAGUACUUUUCUUUGUAUGAAAAUGUCCUUUCCCCAAUGGUGUAGGCUUUGUAAUGAAUUAGAUUUUCUGCCAAUAAUUGAUAUACAAUUUAUAUUCUUUAUUGUGUCUCUGUGUUACCAUGCUUUCUAAGAAUGUCUUUGUUUAAAGGGAAUUAAUCUUUUUAUGAUGUAUUAAUCUGUGUUUUCAAUUGUUUUCCAAAUGCACUUCAAAUAACUUGCAUACUUACUAUGUAAAAUGGUUGGCAAGUGCACUUUUUGCAAAGACAUAAAUACAUUGGCAGAGGUGCUAAUCAGAUCUUACCUAAGGCACCUGAUAGAACUAUUUAGAGGGAAAAACUGAGUUUUCACAUUGUUUUAUAGGAAAUUAAAUUUGUCCAAAGAUUUGGAAACUAUUUUUAAAACAUAAAUAGAAUUUCAUUAUUUCCUACUAUCUUAUUUGCUGGCAGAAGUGAAUGCACUGGUUAGGUUAUUUGGGGAGAAGUUACAGAAGAAAAAAAAUCAGGCAGUGUGUUCAUUUUUCUUCUUUUUUUGGAAUAUCACAGUAACUGAGGAUCAGAUUCUAGCAAUGGGCUGACAUUUCGUUGCAACUGCCCUCCACAUAUAAAAGUAUAUAAAAGAUGUAUUUUUUAUAUACUUAUGAGUCAUAGGUGGCCUUACCUUUGGGGUAAUUUCCUUGUUGACUUGCACCUCAUUUGUCUUACUUAUUCCUUAACAUAAAACCUGCUAUUUCUCAAUAAUUCCUAAUACUUAACAUCUUAGUAUCAGUCGUUAGGAUCAAUAAGUGACUUCUUGUGUCUGAUGUUAUGACAGGUGGCUGUCGUAUUUUUUCUUAAUUCUAUGUACUAGUCUAAGAGUUUGCUACUGAGUAGAUUCUCUUGGGUAUUUGGUUGCCCCAAAGUGCUUACAUUUGUUGACAGAUUAUAAACUAUGUUUAUUUACAUUGAUGAAUGGCUGUCAAGUAAUAAUGAUUGUAAAGCACUUUGACUAUAGAAGGUGCUAUAUAAAUGCAAAAUGUCAUUCAUUUGAUCAUGAAAUGUCUCUGCCUAACUUUCCAUAUUGGCCCCAAAUUAUAUUUCAGUUCCCCUCCAGCCUUUUUCUUGCACCAUAGCCCAGAGCCCAGUAAAGCAAAAAUUUACUGAAACUAGGUCGAUUAUUUGUUUUCGGUUUUGGAUAGGUCACCUAUUAAGAAGAUUUUAUUUCAUAUACUUGCUAUUUAGAAGUUCAGGUUUCAUUUAGUUUUGUGUAUUAAAUACAAAUGAGUAACUUUAAAUCAAGCUAAACAUAAUCAAGAAUUUUCAGAAACUAUAUUCCAGUGUUUGAUUUUAAAUCCUUAUUUCCUUUUUUUUAAUAAGAAAUUGACCUAAAGACUAUUUUAGGUGUUUUCAUUUGUCCUCAGAAACUGUACUUGAAGAAAGAUAUUAGAAUAUACACAGAAAUGACUCCAUGCAUUGUGCUAAUUUUUUACAUUAAGUACAGAAGUCUGAGCUCAGUGUGAGUGCUUCUGCCUGGUAAGAAGAAAAGCAGGAAGACUUAGUAGUAAUGGAGAGAACCAGCGAGUGGAAUGCAUCGUGGGGUUUCAGGAGGGCAAGCAGACCUAAUCAACAUAGAAAGUUUUGACAAUGAAAGAUUAAAAAUGAUUUAAGAUGGGUAACCCUCCCCCACCUCCACCCCUCCCCAUCCCUUUAUUUCACAAAUCAGAGUAAGGAUCCAACAGUUUUAAAACAGGGCAUGAACACUCACCUUGGUAAAAUUAAAAUUAUUGGGAAAUAUAGCUGUAAAAUAAGAUAGAUGAAAAUCAGAGUCCAUGAGCUGUUUGUUAAAUGGAUUAUAUCCCAUGAGAGGAGAGGUUUUAAUUUUAGUUCUCUAUUUACUGUCCCAGUCCUGGUCUCCUACCCACCCCCCUGCUCAGAUAUGUUUCUCUGAAUGGGAGAGGAAAGUGCCAAGCUUUUAGAAAGAAGUUUUCCGUCUUAUUUUUCUUCAGCAUGCCAUUAUUUUGGUGCUUACGUUCGUAAGUUUCACUCACCUUUACAGUAUGUUUAAAUUUUAGUAUAUUGCUUUCGUUCCAUAGCAGAAACUUUAUUUCUAAACAUUCUGUGAUGUUUUCUUAAAAGUCAGGAAUAGAACUUUGCUGUCCCAGUGAGGACCCCGUUUCCUUUGCUCAGCUUUGGACAGGAUUUUUACAUUUCUCUUUCUCUGGCGAUGACGCUGGGCACACUGUGGAGUCAGCACAGAGUUAGUGCGCUAAGGUUGGGGUUGAGCCAUCACCCCCUGUCUGAGUUCUUGUGAACAAAAAGCUUAUUUUCUGUUUUCCCUCUAACCAGGGUGAGAAAAUACAGAGUUAAUAACUAAAGACUACAAAAGCAUGAAAUUUAUAUUCUGCAGUGUGUAUUUAAGAAGUUUGUAAAGGGGAAAAAAAAUCCAGCAAAUAUUAUGCUUACCGCAUCUUAAAAAGAGAGUACGUAAUACAGCUGUACGUAUCUUUAAAAAACUUGCAAAAACCCGAUCAUACCUUUUUUAGUAUUUGUCUGAUUAUUUAAUAAUAACCAAGAAAAAGAAGUACCAAAACAAAGGCUCCAUUUUCUAAAAUUGAUCAGCAUUGAAUUAUUUCUGUUUGAUGGCCCAGCCUGGUAAAAUUGGCUAACGAGAUGAUUCAUUAUAAUAAGGAUAAUACUGUCUGCUGUUAUUUUGUUACGGUCUUACUGCUUUGUCUGUAUGAUAAAAGCUCAGUUGUACAAACUUGAGCUAAAUGUUUCCAGUCAGAAACAUCAGCCCAUAUAUAUCAGCAGUCUUCAGCAAGGCAUGAAAACCGGUGCUGUGCAAACAAACCAGCAGUAAGUGAUUGUGAGGGGAAGGGGGAUUUAGGUUGAAGAAAAGGUACAUUUUAUUUUUGAGCUAUUUUACUCACACUUCCUUUUCAACUGCAGUUUUAUUUAUUCAUAUCUAAUGAUAUGAAAUAUUUUGUAGUGUCUCUUGUGCUCCGACAAGCAUUCAUCUUUUAAAGAUAACACCGUGUUGAAAACUUGAAAAUCUUUAUUCUGAUAUAAGAAUUUACUUGAAAUAAAAUUCUAAAUUUUUGAAUUUAUCCCAGCUCCCUGCAUUUAAUCUCCAGUGAUCCAGAUCUCAGACUCCAGGAGUGUUACACUUUUCCCCAGUUGGAACACAUGAGGUUUAUCUGAAAAAGCAUCCACAACCCACAGAUAGUGUAAACCUAGUUAGUUUACAGCUACUGGGAUAAGAACCUGUGAUCCUAAAGGGAGAGGAAGGUGCUUGGCAUCUUGCUUUUUGCUAGGGGCAGAAUAACAACAUGCUUCUUGUUGUCUGUUCAUUCAACUAUGGGAGCAUGUUUUGACUUUUUAUCCUUAUAUUACAAAGUGACUCUUUGCCUAGAAAUGGCUGUUGAACUGAUGCAGGAUUGUACUCCUUAACAGUGAGCAGGAGUCUUACCCUUACAGGGUAGGAAGGACUGAACAGAACAAAAUAAGAUGGGAUCUCAGAAUCUUUGAAAAUUACUUUAGCAUGUUUUAAAAUUUUUCCCUUUUUAUAUGUUAAAAGGGCUUUUCCGUUCAAUAAUGAUAAUCUCUUUUCCUAUAGUCCCAACUGUCAAAAUGGCAGCUUAUUUUAGUAGAUGUGCAACCCAGUUUCACUACAUUUAGAAAGCAAUUUCAGAGUUAAUUCUUUGUAACUAUAAUGAUUCGAAUAUUUUGUAUCAUGAAGUUUUUAUAUGAGGGAGGCCAUUCUCAAUGUAUCUGUCAUCCAGUUUUUUACUUUGUAUAAAGCAUAUUUAAAUAAUAAUUGGUAUAUGUUUAUUUUAUGGAAAAAUUUGAAAAUAUUUUAGUGUCCAAUUUAAGCAAGAUAAUUUUAUUGUUCUAAAGUUGUGCAAUAAAUACUGUUUCUUUCUCAGAAGCCUAAAAAACAUAAAAUAAUUUGCUACCGACACAGCUAAUUUCUGCCCCUCCCCAUCCCCCUAAAUCACGGAAGUAUCAAUAUUUAUCUCCCUUUUUAUAAAUGAAGGACAGCACAAAUAUGAUGACAUCCAUCUCUUUUAAAUCACUGAUUAUGUUCUUGGAAAAUACGUACUCAUAAUUUUGUUUUUAAACAGCCUUUUAUCAAUCCAAUUCCCAUGUAUUUAUAAAUAUAAAAACUUUAAAACUUAUAUUUAAUGUUAUCUUGAAGUAUGCUUGAAUUCUUCACACUGCACUUAAAAUGAUAGAGAAAGGGACAUUAGUUUAUUUGAGAAAUUAGAGACCCGAAGCUAAUUAUGGCAAGUAUAUGAGUUUUAGCAGUUGUGGUCUAUGGAUGUUUCCUAACAAUUCUAUUUCAGCAAUUACGUCUCUUUUCAGUAUUUUUCUGCUUUCUAACAUUUUCCAAUAAUAUUCUGUGAGAUAGGUUUGUAUGCUGUAUAUAAGUGAACUUAGAAAUCGGAAAGUAACCGAAGGCUGUCAAGGCAGAUCCAUUCCUAGUGAGUAGAAUCGAUUAUCGGAAAAAGAAGAGGCCUAAUUUUGAACAAAUAUCCAGGCAGAUAGAAGUGCUAACACUAUUAAACCUAUACUUGUCUUAACAAAUGUUCCUAAGGUAAUAGUUCACAUAAAAUCUCCUGAUUUUAUUACAUGAUCAUUCAAUAAAAAAGAGCAGACAAAAAAUAAUUUAUAUUCUAAUUGUCCUUCCCUUCAGUGGACAUUAACUGGGCACACAGUAUUAACUGUACAUGUUUAUGAGUGGAGGGGAAAGCAUCUAUUUUCAUUUUGAAACUGUUAACCCAUUACUAAAUCUAAGAUAGUGAUUUAAAGCCAUGAGGAUAGGAUGAUCUGAUGAGAUGGGAAGAAAUCUGUGGUGGCUGAAACUCACUACCAACUUCCUAGCAGUUAUCUAGGUCCGCUGCUGUGUCUGGUUUGCAAACCAUGUCUCCCUUAAUUAUACGUAGUAGCCCCACAGAAAAUUUUGUUUAAAAUGAAGACAAGGGCUUCCCUGGUGGCGCAGUGGUUGAGAAUCUGCCUGCUAAUGCAGGGGACACGGGUUCGAGCCCUGGUCUGGGAGGAUCCCACAUGCCACGGAGCACCUGGGCCCGUGAGCCACAACUACUGAGCCUGCGCGUCUGGAGCCUGUGCUCCGCAACAAGAGAGGCCGCGAUAGGCCCGUGCACCGCGAUGAAGAGUGGCCCCCGCUUGCCACAACUAGAGAUAGCCCUCGCACAGAAACGAAGACCCAACACAGCAAAAAUAAAUUAAUUAAUUAAUAAACUCCUACCCCCAACAUCUUCUUUAAAAAAAAAAAAAUGAAGACAAGAGUAGACUUCAUAUGUGUGUGUGUGUGUGUGUAUUCAAGGAGAGCCUUUAUAUACCUAAUACAUCACUGCCAGGCUCUGAAUUAGAUGUUUAGGGUCUGCAGAUGAAAUCAUCAGAGAAGGUGUCCGUACCCUCAAAAUUUAAGGACAAUGGGGCUAUCAAAUAUCCUAAAUUAUAUUGACUCAGAGCUUAAAAGAAUAAUUAAAUAUCACGAGAAGAGCAAUCUCAAAGUGAGAAAAAGAAAAUUAGCAAAGCAUGCUGAGGCUUUAAUGUGUGUGGGAGACUUCUGCGCAGGCACCGUUGCCUUAGAGAUCUCCAAAUUGACAAAGGAAAAUAAUUUGAUUAGCAUUGAUAUUGUAAAAGUUAUAAAAGGAACUCAUGUUUAUUCUCGGUGUAUUUGUCAACCUAUGGACAGUGAUUACUGUAUAUACAAUCUAUAGGGUGUUUAUUUUAUAGAUGUCACUAUUAGAGAUGAAUGUCUUAAUAUUAUUUACUACUUCUAGUCACUUAUGUAUUAUUUAUACUUUACUGCAAGAUUCACAGCACUUUACUAAUAUUAGAUAAUUAUUUUCCUUCUACCUUUCUGUGGCAUUUUCUACUUACAUCUUUUCCACUGGGGAUCUUCUCCUUAUUUUGGAACACUCACUAAGAAAAAUGUAAAAGAUUGCCCAAAUAAAUAGGCUAUGUACUGUUCCUGAAAUGUUUAAAGUCAGAUCUGAAGUUCUAAGUCUAGAACUCUCUUUGAAGCUGGGUUAGGGCUACUAGGCAUGAAUUACAUUUUAUAUUUCACAUUAAUAAGACUCAUAAGUUAGUACUCGUGAAGCCAAGUUCUCUCAAAUGCAGACACACUUAAAACUUUUUGUUGAAAACAAAAGUUGCAUUAAUACAAAGUAAACAGUCUUCUGGUUAAUCAGAAGAUGCUCUUACCUGCCAUUUACCUGUCUCCUAAAAUACAAAUCUGCAAACUGUCCUUCACUUUCAUAGUUUCUUCAACAUUGCAUGUACUCAAACACAGGAGAAACAAAGCCAGGUUCCAGGAGCUGUGAAGUCCAAGAAUCUGGAAAAUGGUGGGGGUGAGGUGAUGGGAAAAGGCAGACACUAACAAGGGCAGGAUGCUACAAAAAUAGUCUGAGUUCUACUAUAACGUAUGCUUUAUGAACUUGGCCGUUUUCUUAAGUUCAAAUAUAGCAGAGUUUUCAGCUGAUUCUUUUAAGAGAUGCUUUGAGGAGUCAGGACUCCUCCGCUUGUACUUGAGUAUAUCUGUAUUCCAACCCUAGUCAAAAGAGAGUGAGAUAUUUGUUGUUACAUAAACACUGACACAGAUGAUUGCUGCCAAAGAAUAGGGAGAUUUGCUCAUAAGAACUUUCUCUUAAAGUUUUUUAUUUUGCGUUUCUGGAUGAGAGAAAUGCUUUUAUGGUGUGAAAAGUUUCUGUAGUGCUUUCUUCUGCGUUACCCUCUGCUCUGCUGGUAUGCUUGGCGUGGGCAGGUCACCUAGAAGAGAGAAGCACAAAUAGAGAAGGCUAGACUCUGACCUUUGAGGGAAGGGCCACUUUCAUCCUCCCCGAGUAAAAAAAUAAAAAUGAAACACACCUGUACACACACACACACACAGUCACACUCACACACAAGGACGAAAUGGUAAGUGGGUAAGUCACCUUCUAAAUGUCUUUAGCAUCCGUUGGCUGCUUGUUAAUCUAGUUAAGAGUAGAUUCUAGACCUGCGUUGUCCAAUUCACUAGCCAGUUCACAGCCACAUGUGCUAAUUUAAAUUAAGUAAAGUGAAGAAUUCAGUUCCCCAAUCCGCCAGCCACAUUUCAAGUGCUCAGAAGCCACCUGUGGAAAGUGUGUUACCAUUUUGGACAGCACAGAUAUAGAACAUUUCCAUCUUUGCAGAAAAUGCUUUUGACAGUGCUGUGGUGCCCAAAGAGAGAAUAAGGACAAAAUAAAGAUACUCAGUUGACUUAUGAUACUCUUGGAUUUUACCGGCAUCGUUAAAGAAAGCUAUUUUUCUUAUAAAAAUUAAUACCAGCCCUUUUUAAAGACCCUGGAAAAAUCAAAACCCCAUUCUUUGAAACUAGUUUUCAAUGUAUUUUUUAAACAGAUUCUUAGCACUUUACUUUUUAAGUGAUAUUAUUAAAUAACUUCAUAGAUCAUAACUUAGUAUCUUCAGGUUUUCUCCUUUUUUAAGUAGUCUUUUAAAAUUGAUGAUACAUAGUUUCUAACAUUUAUCCAGCAGAAACUGAUGAAUGCUUAACUUACUUACAAGUAAAAGUUGAUAAACAUCAUAUUCCUCUGUUUUGUUACCUUUAAAUCUUUCUAUUCUGUUACUUUUUUUUUUUUUUUUUUUGCGGUACGCGGGCCUCUCACUGUUGUGGCCUCUCUCGUUGCGGAGCACAGGCUCCGGACGCACAGGCUCAGCGGCCAUGGCUCACGGGCCCAGCCGCUCCGCGGCAUGUGGGAAUCUUCCCAGAACGGGGCACGAACCCGUGUCCCCUGCAUCGGCAGGUGGACUCUCAACCACUGCGCCACCAGGGAAGCCCUAUUCUGUUACUUUUAAAUCUGAAUAGAUCUAAGGAGAGUUGCCAACAGUUUUUUUUGUUUCUGCCCCUAAAAUCACAUUUGAUCAUCUUCUACCUUAAAGGUUUAUCAAGAUCCAAAUAGUUUCUUUGAUUUUCUUCAUAGUUUCUUGCUCUUAAUUACUUAGAUUAUGAAUCAAAUUAAGUUUAAUGUAUGAAGCAAAGAUUUUAUUCCAGCAACUUAAUGAAACAUUUUUUUAAGAUUUAUUAAUUGACUUGGCCUAUUACUAAAGUGCUUAACAUAACUAAAAGGAUCUACACAAAUGCAUCUUUGAAUCUUUUAAUGAAUGUAAGAGACUAAUCAUAACUCUUUGGAGUCAGCUUGGUACUUAGUGAAAACUAUCCCGUUAGGAAGUCAGAUGCUUUCCUCUUCGUUUUUAAAUUUUUUAAUCAAGCAGCAGACUUGAUCCAGUAGUGUCAAAUUCCAAGCAAAUAUAAUGAAAUUCUUAUUGUUAUUCAAGUACAGAUGAGUAAAUGGUGUGAUUUGAGUUUGUUUUAUUAUUUUCAUGGUGGUCUAAUGUGUGUUCUACAGAGACUCAUUUUACUAGUUAAGGGAGAUUUUCAAUGUGCUUGAAAUAAGAAAGAACAUGCUAGUAUAAAUACAGGAAAUGACUGUACACAAAUGCCAAUCAAUCAUUUGGGGGCUUUUAAAUUUUUUAAUAGUAGGCUUUUGGUUUUUUUAAUAGCCUUAGUUAUUUAAAAUUCAGAUGCACUGAAAUGCCAUUGCUGUCACUAGCUGUUUACAGAUUAUGUGUAAUUCAUAAAGCUUUGUACUCAGAAGAAUAAUUUCCAGGUUUACUCUUGUUUUGCAGUUUUCAUGUUUUGACAAUUGCCCCACCAUUUAUAACACUCAAUUUCUGGUUGUGUAAUGAAUGGUAAAAUUCAAACAUAUCUAAUUUAAUAAUUUGCCUUAUUUUGAUUAACAAAUUCUAUCAAAGAUUUGGGGAUAGAAAGAGGCUUCUUUUUCCUAUAGUAUUUUUUAAACUUUUCAGAUGAGCUGGAAAACACCUUAGUACAUUGGAGUUGGAGUUGUACUGGUUACAAUCCCAGCUCUAAAGCCUUAUACUCAUGUCUUAAGUAUUACUGAUUGUUCUGUGAAUUGUUAGUUUGAUAUUUGACAUUGUAGUUAUCCACCUUGCAGUUUAGCCUUUGUAAAAAGGAUAUUGCUAGGUAUGUUCUUAUUUCUGGUUGACUAUUGAAUUCGUAAUUUCAUGAUUUCAUUUUUAGUCAUAAUCCAAAAAGGAAAUCCACGUGGAACUCUAAAUUUCUCUCUCACCUCACAAAUGGAAUCAAUACAGUUUUAACAACAUUGUACAUAAAUGGCAUCCAAGCAGUUUUCCAUCUGUUUACCAAGUUUACCAAUCAUUUACUCUGUGUUCGACUUGUGGGUUUUCUCACUAUUUUUCUGAGGUAAAUGACUUGUGAGAAAUUUUCACCAAAAUCGCAAAAACGUAAAGUCCAAGAAAUCACCAGAAGACAGAUUUUUAAUUUUUUGAAAUCUUAUAUUGUAUUUCCUUUUGAUAUCACUUACUCAUUUUAAUUUUAUGACUGCCAACUUGUUAUGGUAUUAAUUAUAUGUAUAUGUUUAUAUGUAUGCAUAUAGUAUAUGUAUAUGAAGAAUAAAGUUAAGAUUUGGUCAAACUAUA